AUGGAGAAGUCGCCACUGCUAGCAAACGGCUACAAUCACCCGCCAACGCAUCUGAGUCACAUGCAAUUCAUGCAACUGGGUGGACAUCCAGGUGCAGGGCACACUGCCAUCCUAUCGCCUGCUAGUCUGCCGCAUCACCUGCAGGCGCAGGCUCAGGCGCGCGCCGAACAGGGCCUCAAAGUCAACCCCAACAUGUCGAACAUGGAGGCGCUCGCGAGGUAAGCUCUUCGAAACGUUCGUAAAAUUGGUCCGUGCGGUUCAAAUCGUGGAUAUGGCGAAUAAAUGAAACUGCGAGCGAAGCUGUAGCGACGAUAGGGAAACUAAUCCAAAAUGUGACAGUUGGAAUCUCGUGCGAAACGAUAGACUAGUUUUUCGGAGGUUCGACUCGCGUUCAUUGGGAUCGGAAGCGUUCGUCUUGUCCCGGUAUAGUUGUAACGAAGGGCCAGCGAGGCCAAAAGAAUACAACUUUAAGAGGAUUUGAAGAGACGGCGAAGCCGUGGAAAUCCGAGGGGUCUCGACACUGCUUGAUCUUUCCUUCCCUCUUUCACCUCCUCCGUCUCUCGGUGGCGGUCUCCGUUCGAAGUCCGUUUCCUUGGCUGCGCCGCGUUCCUUCUAGGUCGUUUACUCGGCUUGCGUUACACUCGCGACCUCAACCGAGUCAUCCUUCUUUCCUCUGCUUGUCGUACGUGUCUGUCGACGAUCGACGCCAAACUAACCAAAGUUUCACCGUUUUUCCACUUUGUGUGAAAUUCCAUGAAUUCAUCUGCAGCGUUCUGUCUCGUUUAAGAGCACAAGAUCGAGAAGAGUGA